AGAGUACUCUGUCACUCUCUCCCUCUCUCUCUCUCUCUUUCUUUCUCCAUUGAUUGAAGCUCUCAUCUUCAUUUUCAUCUUCAGAGUCCAGACCAGACCCCUCUUCGUUCUUUAUCUCUGUUUUUUUGUGUGGUUUUUCUGGCAUUAGUACGAACAAGAACAUGGUGAAUAGUCCCAGAUCUCGGACAGGUAACAGUGUGCCCUGUGAUUUCUGUAGUGAACAGAUUGCUGUUCUCUACUGUAGAGCUGACUCUGCUAAGCUAUGCUUGUUCUGCGACCAACACGUUCACUCAGCCAAUCUUCUUUCCCGGAAGCAUCUUCGAUCUCAGAUCUGUGACAAUUGUGGCUCCGAGCCCGUCUCCGUUCGAUGCUCAACGGAGAAUCUCGUCCUCUGCCACGACUGCGAUUGGGACGCUCACGGAACCUGCUCUGUCUCUCCCGCACACGAGCGGAAUCCCAUCGAUGGAUUCUCCGGUUGCCCAUCAGCCCUCGAGCUCGCCUCCGUUUGGGGUUUUCAUCUCGGGGACAAGAAAUCGGCUCGACCCGACUCUGUGAUUCAGAAUUUUGAGUUGGGUAUGGCUAUGGCUAUGCCCGAGGACUUAUCUUGGUCUGGAGUGAGUUUUCAGGACCUUAUUGUACCGACCGGGAACGGCGUUGUUGGAGAGGAGGGAAAGAAACCGAGUGGAGUGGGUGCCAGCUGCUGCGGGAAGAAGAAACAUGUGAUGUAUAAGCAGUUGGUGGAGUUGCUUAAGAGGGAUUUGGUGGCCCGUGAAAGCGAUGAACUUGGCGGUGAUGGCGAAAGAGACGGCGGCGGCCGUGGUGGUGAUGUAGAGAGCGUAAUGCCGGGGAGUCCGGAUCGGAGUGGUUGGCAACGGAAAGUUGAAGCAGCACUCAGUUUGGGAGAUGAAGGCGAUGCUGUUGCUUUUUCUGCUCAGCCAUCGUCGGCGCCAUACACGUCCCUGCUAAUGAUGCCGAUGCACAGUGAAUUGAAAGAAAAUGUUGGCAUUGACGAUGGCGAUAUGGCAAUGUGGAAUACCAACCCUAAUGGUCAGACCACUCAGAUAUGGGACUUCCAUUCAGGAAGGUUGAGGGUUAAUGAAGAACCAGAAGUUUCAUAUGGGGCGAAUGAUGCAGGGUUUAUGAUUAAAAACUUUUGUGAUCUUAUGAAUUGCUCUGUUGCACCAGAUGACAUGACUAUCAAUAAUGGUAGCCAAGGACCAGCAACCUCGGAGAGCAACAAUCUACCGAUUGGAAGGGGGGCAUCGUCUAGUUCAGCUUACGGUAAACACAAAAACGAAGAGUGUAGUGCGUCGAGAGAAGUGUUUUUCAUGGAACAACCUUUUCUUGUGAGAAAUGAUUCUGUGAAAACAGCUGCAACAACGAAGGAAGAGUUGGAGGUUUUGGCGCAGAACAGAGGCAAUGCCAUGCAACGUUACAAGGAAAAGAAGAAAAACCGAAGAUAUGAUAAGCACAUACGGUAUGAGUCCAGAAAAGCAAGAGCUGAUACUAGAAAGCGAGUCAAGGGUCGGUUCGUGAAGGCUGCCGAAGCUCCUGAUGGUUAAGUUGUUAAAACACAUGUUUGCGAUGGGCUUCGACUUUGUCUCUAGUUCCAUGGCUUUUUUCUUUUCUUUUGUAAAUAGAUAAUAUCUUGUUCCUGUCUUCCCCGGCAAAAUGUAUAAAAUAUUAGGCUUUCUUUCUUUA